CACAUGAGAUAUCUGUAUCUUAUAGUUUGAAUAAAAUUGAUGUUUCUUUAUGGCUAAAAUUCAGACUAUAAUUUACUUUUGGGGGGCAAUGUCACGUCAGUGGAGCUGUGUCUUUCUGUGUGCACCAGCGCAUUAUAAAAAUUUGUCUUAGUGCAGUUGAUGUUAAUGAUUAACUUGCUUAAAGAGCUCUCUGACAGACUCUUUUGCUCUAAAGUUGAUUAUUUUUUCUUUAGUAACAACUAUCUUUAUGCAGUCGAUGUGUAUAAACCAUCACAUUUAAUCUGGCCCUGCCUUCCUUCCUUAGGUUUUCUUUGCAUGUAUCUGUCUUUGGAAAAUGAAAGCUCUCAUCUUUGCUUACAUGACAAAAAUAAAAAAUAAAAAACUGGGAAAAACUACAGGUUCUUACACUACUGGAUGUUUGACAAAAUAUUCUUUUGGGGCCAAAAACAUUGGCAUUACUGGUGAAAAAUAAUCUGCAUUUACAAAAUCUUCAGUUCAUUGAACACAUUAAAAUUUGAGAGGGACCCUUGACAUUUACAGAUGUGGCCAUAGAAUUCUCUCUGGAGGAGUGGCAAUGCCUGGACACUGCACAGCGGAAUUUAUAUAGAAAUGUGAUGUUAGAGAACUACAGAAACCUGGUCUUCCUUGGUAUUGCUGUCUCUAAGCCAGACCUGAUCACCUGUCUAGAGAAAGAAAAAGAGCCCUGGAAUAUGAAGCGACAUGGGAUGGUGGAUAAACCCCCGGUUACCUUUUCUCAUUUUGCUGAAGACCUUUGGCCAGAGCAAGACAUAAAAGAUUCUUUCCAAAAAGUGACACUGAGGAGAUAUGAUAAAUGUGGACAUGAGAAUUUGCAAUUAAGAAAAAGCUGUAAAACUGUAGGUAAUUGUAAGCUAUACAAAGGAGGUUAUACUGGUCCUCACCAAUGUUUGACGCCUACCCAGAACAAAAUGUAUCAUUGUGAUAUUUAUGUUAAACCUCUUUAUGCAUAUUCAAAUUCAGAUAGACAUAAUACAGGACAUACCGGAAAGAAACUUUUGCAAUGUAAAAAAUGUGGCAAGUCAUUUUGCACGCUUUCACAACUAACUCAACAUAGGAUAAUUCAUAUUAGAGAGAAUGCUUACAGAUGUAAAGAGUUUGGCAAUGCCUGUAAUCAGUCCUCAACCCUUACUAACCAUAAGAGAAUUUAUACUGGAGAGAAACACUACAAAUGCGAAGAAUGUGGCAAAGCCUUUAGCAGGUACUCAACCCUUACUACCCAUAAGAGAAUUCAUACCGGAGAGAAACCCUAUAAAUGUGAUGAAUGUGGUAAAGCCUUUAGCAUGUGCUCAACCUUUACUAAACAUAAGAUAAUUCAUAUUGAAGAGAAACCCUACAAAUGUAAAGAAUGUGGCAAAGCCUUUAACUGGUCCUCAACCCUUACUAGCCAUAAAAGAAUUCAUACUGGUGAGAAACCUUACAUAUGUAAAGAAUGUGGCAAAGCCUUUAACUGGUCUUCAGCUCUUAAUAAACAUAAGAUAAUUCAUAGUGGAGAGAAGCCCUACAAAUGUGAAGAAUGUGGCAAAGCUUUUAACCAGCCCUCAAGACUUACUCAACAUAAAAAAAUUCAUACUGGAGAGAUACCAUACAAAUUUGACAAAUGUGGCAAAGUUUUUACCUGUUCCUCAACAUUUACUCAAGAUAAGAAAAUUCAUAUUGUAGAGAAACCCUACAAUUGUGAAGAAUGUGGCAAAGUUUUCACCUGUUCAUCAACACUUACUAGACACAAGAUAAUUCAUACUGAAGAGAAACCCUACAAAUGUAAUGAAUGUGGCAAAUGUUUUAACCGGUCCUCACACCUUACUAGCCAUAAGAGAAUUCACACUGGAGAGAAACCCUACAAAUGUGAAGAAUGUGGCAAAGCCUUUAAGCAGUCCUCAAACCUUAACAGUCAUAAAAAAAUUCAUACUGGAGAGAAACCCUACAAAUGUGAAGCAUGUGGCAAAGCCUUUAAGCAGUCCUCAAGCCUUACUCGACAUAAGAAAAUUCAUACUGGAGAGAAACCCUACAAAUGUGAAGAAUGUGGCAAAGCUUUUAACCGGUCCUCAAGACUUACUCAGCAUAAGAAAAUUCACACUGGAGAGAAGCCCUACAAAUGUGAAGAAUGUGGCAAAGCUUUUACCCACUCCUCAAACCUUACUAGUCAUAAGAAAAUUCAUACUGGAGAGAAACCUUACAAAUGUGAAGAAUGUGGCAAAGCUUUUAAUCGGUCCUCACAACUUACUCAACAUAAGUGUAAGGCCGGCUGCCUUGCAGAGGGUUAAACGGACACAUCCAUCUCUCUCCGCGUCUGAUAACUAUGUCAUCACCCGAGCUCAUUAUCUGGCCUUGCCGCACGGCUUCUCCGCACCCACCUCCGCAUACCAGACCCAAGUCCACAUUCAGCACUAAAUUAUGCAUUUAACCCCCAGCCCGCUGUUGAUAAACCCUGCAGGAAAAUUUUUUA